GAUUUAGGAAAUAUUAAAAGAAGAUUGUAUUUAUCGACGAUCCACAAAGAAUUGUCUGUGACCCCUUUGCAUGCAAAAAUCCCUCUCUUUAUGAUCAAGCGCAAAAUUUGGUGCAAUUUGUGCAUUGAUUUGGUGGCGUUCACCAGUGAGAUAUUCAAAGGCACUGUUUUUCAGUCCUUGGAUGGCAUUAUUGUUUCAGCCAACUGUAAACUGCGAAAAAUCUUCACGCUGAAGUCAAACCCACUGAAUCCUGCAGAUGAUGAUGCUGAUGGGCCAACAGAUACGAUUCCUCGAGCCUGUCAGUUAAAUGCAGAUGUGCCACAAGUCACACAACUGCUGAACAUGAAUAAGCUGCGCCAAACAGAACAAAAAUGUAGAGGCCGAUCUUUAACUUCACCAGAAUUAGAUCCUCCAACAAACCGAGUAUCAGCCACUAUACGCAACAGUAAGAGUCAAGACAUAUCCCACAUUGCAUUUGGAUCUAAAGUCCUUGGGCCACCUCCUCCCUCAGGCCGAAGGUUCACUGCAAGGGCAUCUGGGGAGGUAACAAAAUCAAGCAAUAGAACAAAAAGAUCAUACCAAAUGCCAAGUUUGGAAAAGAGAACAGAACCAGUACAAGAUAAUAUAAAGUCUGAACAAUCUCCAUCACCUCUUGAUAUGGCUUUAGAUCAAGAAAAUAUAGAAAAUAUCUGUAACACAAAUCAGGUUUCCCUGGACAAGGAUGAAUGGAUAUUUCCUGACAAAAAAAGUUCUCAGCUGGAGUCCAGCAAUCCUUUGCCUAUAGCCUGUGAAACAUCCCCUGACCUUUCAACCUUUGCACCAAGUGAUGACCAAACAUGUGAAAUCAAACAAACACCUGAAGGCCACGAGGAUAUUUUCACCUAUUCCUCAAAACCUAGAUCAGCGCCUCAUGGAAAGCCCUUGAAUCUUUCUUCAGAAGAUUGCAGUUUUUCUGUGGAUUUGAAGGAAGAGAUUAGCAGGGACUGGCGAGGAGCUCAAAUGGAAGAUGAUUUCUGUGGAAAUGAGAGCAAUGGAGAGGAUGAUAGCUACAUGGACUUCAUGCAAGAGACUCAUCAUCUUCCAAAUAACUAUUUUAUAUCAGGAUUACCUCAACCAGUGAUAUCCAAAGAGAUUCUUCCCAAAAUGACAUCCAAGAGUCCUGAAAGCAGGACACACAAAAUCUAUACAAAAAAAGCUAAUGAAGAAAUAUCACAGUGUACAGAAGAUUCUGUUGUGAUAAUGGAUAAGACAAAUAACAUUCAAAGAAGCUUGUUGCCUACUUCUUGUUCAUCCCCUGUCGGAAACCUACCUGAACCCUGUAAGGAAUCAUCUAGGGUAUCAAAAGGUGUUUCAACCAGUGCAUUAAGAAGUUCCAUGAGUAGAAAAUCUCUAAAAGAAAUCCAGCAGGAGUAUUCAAAUCCAAUAGUCCAAAUUCCU